AGCCGGCGGCCCCCUUGGUGUUGCCGCCACCUGAAACAGAGAAGAAUGGGAAAGGAAAAGAAAAGAACAGAUCUGUAGAGAAGCAGAUCCAAAACGAAGAAGAAGAGAAGAAAAAAAUCCAAGAACAAUCUGGACAGAAAUGGACUAAAAUCAACUGCCUGCGUUUCUUUUUUUUGUUUGCAGGUCACCGCCGGCGAGGAAAGGAAGAAGGGAGGAAGCCAUUAUGGAUCUCCGCUGCUGCCUUGAUUUCACGGGAUGAUGGUUUUGCAGAGCUGCUGGAGGUGUGUUGGCUUGAUGUAAGUGGUGAAAUGCCUGUGACCAAAGGGAAGACGUAUGAAGUUAGCUUUAUGUUAUCCAUGAACACAAAGAAUUCCUUUGGCUGGGACGAUCCUGUUACGGUGAUGGCUAGGAUAGGAAAGGAGGGAAAGUAUCAGCGCAAAGAAAUAAAACUAUUAGACUUAAGCAAGGAAGUAGAGGAACGUCCUUCGGAUAAGUGUCGGGUUGAGUUUGAAAAAUCUGAAAGUAAAGAGGAACCUCGUGAGAAGAAGAGUCAGACUAAGUCUAAAAGUGAUGAAAACGCUAAAAAUGACGAGGAGACGCUCUAUUUUGGCUUGUAUGAAGUGUGGACUAACAAAUGGAAGGGUGGUCUACGGAUUCAUGAGGCCAUAGUUCAGGAAAUACCAGCUGGGAAUAAUGCUUCUACAUCUAAUUAAUACCCGUUCCGACGAGUCCAGAGGGAAGGAAAUAGCAGCUCAUGACGAUUAAUUCUAUUUCAACAUCUGAAAACCCCCGAUCGAGUCGAAGUUCAAGGAGGACGUAGAAGCUGAUUUAGAGCCUUGUAACGGGGGAAUGUUUUCUCAGGGAUUUGAUCAGCGGACCAGAUUGCAUCUCCUAGUUAUCUAUUAUAUCUAUUUUCGUCAGUGUCAUAUUUCAAGUUAUUUUGAUUUUCAUAGUUAGCCCAACUAUGGAAAACUUAUAAUAUGCAGUGCUAGGACUCUAGUUAUUUAGCUAUGGUUUGAAUGAAGACUAUAGACUUAAGACUCUUUCUCCAGAGCUUUUCUGUUUGUCUUAUGAUAUGCUACGUCAACAUCCUAAAAUUAAUCCUCUGGGUUUGAUA